AGACGUCUCAAGAGAAGGUGUACCAAGGAUUGGCCUUCGUGCUCACUCUGUAUUCGCCUUGGCAAGGUUUGCGACUAUUCCAAUCCCCUCUCGACCAGAGCUACAGAAGCUGCAGGCCUGUACCCCCUGUUCGAAAAUCCUAGCUGCUUGUUCCCGUCAUCCUUCUUCAUGGAUGCACACCUCUUUGCUCCCUUGAACACCACCAACGCCCUGACAAGGGUCCCUACAUCUCGCUUAAAGCUCAUCACCUCGGACCACCUUGCCAUCGAAGAGCGGGGGGCUCUGCACGAGGAAUACUUUACUUCCAUGCAUCAGUGGCUUCCCAUCAUCAGCGAGAAGCGACUACUAGAUGCCCGCCUUGCCUUGAACGAUGCCUGCCACGAUCUACUCCUACUUUGCAUG